AUGAAGAAGAAGAGUACUACUUCAUUAAAGAAGACAAACCCAAGACACUUGAUGAAACGUUUACCUCUGAAGUAUGGAAGACUACUAUGCUUGAAGAAUUAAAUCAAAUUGACAAUAGUCAUACAUGGUCCAUGGUCUCACUACCUCACAAUUGUCAACCUAUUAGACUUAAAUGGAUCUAUAAAGCCAAGAGGAACCCAUAUGGAGAAAUCAUCAAACACAAGGCUCGAUUAGUGGCAAAGCUGUAUGUUUAGAGGUAUGAGUUUGAUUUCACUAAUGUCUUCUCUCUAGUUGCUAAACUUGAAAUCAUUUGACUUCUUUUGUCAAUGGUGGCUCAAUUUAGAUGGAAUGUCCACCAUAUGGAUGUCAAAUCUACCUUCUUGAAUGGCGAAAUUUAAGAGAACAUCUGUGUCACAACUAAAGGGGUUGAAGUCAAGGGCAAGGAGAACUUAGUAUACAAAUAUCAUAAAGCUUUGUAUGGGCUUAAACAAGCUCCUAGAGCAUGGUAUUCGAAGGUGGACAAGAGUUUAAACACUUUGAGACUAUUGAGAAGUGAUUUUGAACUCAUUGUUUACUACAAGAAUGAAGCAAACUCUCAACUCUAUGUUGAAAUCUACAUUGACAAUCUCUUAAUUAUAGGAUUCCCCGUAGAAGAAAUUAGAGAUUUCAAAGAAAAAAUGAAGAAUCUCUUCAAAAUGACUGACCUAGGACUCCUAUCCUCCUAUAUAGGACUUUAGAUAAGUCAAAUCAAAAGAAAGAUCUACUUGUCUCAAUGAUCUUAUGCUCAAAAUCCUCAAGGAGUAUGAUAUAGAGUAAUGCAAUAUGUCACAAUCUCCACUCAAGGUUUGACCAAGGUUUGAAUAGAACAAAGGAGAGACUAAAUUAGACUCAACCACUUAUAGAAGCUUAAUGGGCUUGUUAAGGUACCUUACCCACACCAGACCUGAUCUGCUAUUUUGUGUUAGAUUUCUUAGUCAUUUUAUGGAGAAUCCAACAUCUGAACAUUUCAAGAGUGCUAAAAGAGUACUAAGAUAUAUUAAAGGCACUCUUAAUCUCGAUUUGAAGUACAAAAGGGAAGAGAAUUUUAUACUAAAAGGGUAUAAUAACAAUGACUAUGGAGGAGACACUUAAGAAAGAAAAAGUCCCUCAAGAUUCCUCUUCUUCCUUGGUAGCAAUGUGAUAACCUGGACCUCUUAGAAAUAGAGGAUAGUUACUUUAUCCUCAUGCGAAGUAGAAUAUGUGUCAUUAACUUUGGCUUCUUGUCAAGGUGUGUAGAUGUCAGAAUUCCUCAAAGAAUUAAUUAGAGCAUAUCUCAAGCUUGUAAGAAUUUAUGUGAAUAAUAUCUCAGCAAUUGAACUCACAAAGAACCCUGCUUAUCACAUCCACUCGAAACACAUCAAGAUUUGCUACCACUACAUGAGAAACUAUGUUGACAACGGUGAUAUUGAAGUUUGUCAUGUCACAAUAGAAGAACAACGAGUCAACAUCCUAACAAAGUCACUUGGAAGGAUUAAAUUCACACAUUUUUGA